UCUGCCUGUCGCGGAUCGUCGUGUAAUGUGCGGGCCGGGAGGCCACGGGCAAAGUUCCGGGCUCCUGGAUCAAGGAUAACGUAAAUACGAGCAACACGUGGCCUUGAGCUGUAAAGCCGUGAGUGGAAACCUGGAGGGACAUGUCAUGUGAGGACGAGAUCGACCUGGUGCCUUCCUCCUCAUCCAAUGAGGUUUUGGUAGCCGCGACCAAAGAGGCAUCGGUUCUCACCGAUCAUGAGCGCGAACUCAUACUGGGUGUGCUCACAAAAGACGAACAACUGCGCCGACAACAGCAAAUACGAAUCAUGCACUUAAAGGCCGAGCUGCAACAUCUGCGGCGAAAAGGAGCGUUGAAAGUACCUUCGGAUCUGGAAAGUGCCACUCCUGAUCCGGAUAGAACAUGCGGUCGAUGUCGCAUCGAACUCGGCCGAGUGAUCAAUAGGGGAGCCGAGUGCAGGGCGUGCAGAUUGAAAGUCUGCAAGGGCUGUAGGAAAUUCAGGCGGCUUCGGGCGAGUGGAUGAACGAGUUUGUUCGCCGACCCAGCAGAAGACGAGAUGCUCGAGUUUAUGUGCCAGCUGCCGAUAUAAUCAAGAAAACCAUUCGGAGAUCCUGGACAAUAUCCAAUCCGACACCCCGAUGGGCCGCCCUAAGAAACUCAGUCGAAUUGAGGCCCUACAACAGUCUGCCUAGAGGCCAGGAUAUCAACAAUUACCCUUCGUUGGCUCCACAUCAGGCCAACCUCAGAAACACCGAUUACAACAUUGAGAUCAGAAGAUCGCCUGCAAGAAGGGCCAAGUCUGAGGACGUCUACACGGAGCGAAACGUGCCAGCUGCUGUGGAUUGUGCGAGUUCUGAUCCUACUAAUGAAAGCCAAAGCCCCAAACGACCCGCUCGAGUGAACCCAUUAAUGUCAAUUUCGUUGAGGGAAAGCAAAGAGACUCGGGAGCGCCGCAAAUCCCCGCGAAGAAAAACCGAGUCGGUUCUGGAAACGGAGGAAAAUGAAGCCAAAGCCGAAAAAGAAUCGACCAGCAAAUCGCCGGAAGAGAAAGAAAAAUCGUCCGACCGGCACGUGAGCUUCGACAGCACCAAAGCGGCGGAUUUGGCCUAUUUCCGAAGCCGCUCUUUGUCCAACAGCAAAUCCAGCAAGGACAUCAAAAAGAUGCCGUUCAGCACGGGCUCUUUGCCUGAAGAUGGCCGUCCACGGGAGGCCAAUCAAGAGGCCAACCCGGACAAUUCUUGUGUGGAAACGUGCGAUAUUGAGCCGCUUAGUGGCACAGUUUUCCGGAAAAUGACGGUGAGAAGACGCAGACAACAGAACAUGAGGAAAAUGGCUGCAAUGGAUACAGGUUGGCGACGAACUCCCGAAAGCGAGCUCAUAGAUAUUUUGCUGCCCGAUGGCGAAGACUAUCGGUUAGUGUUCGUCAACUCCGAUAGCUCCUCAAAGGAGGAAGAGGUUGACGAUAACGAUAGCUCUUCGGCAUCGAGCUUCCCAUUGGAUGAAUGCGAUUGGGAUUAUUUCGAACCGGGAGCUAGCAGGCCCCAGCCGGUUUUAGGAUGGGGGUCCCCCUUCGGGUCUCCCAGAGUCUACCGGAAAGCGCUCAUCGAUUCCCCACUGGGGUCUCCUUUGCUGGCGCGCCGCGUUAGGGAGUCUUCAGACGAAGACAUAGGCGUCCCGUCGCCCUCCAAUAGGCCCCGCGCCCCUCCCCAAGCCGGGGCGGCCGAUGCAAUGCAAUGCGUUCAUCAGAGUACCACAGGCCAGCCGGUCGACCAGACUUCGCACCCAUUAACUUGCAAAACGUGCGGCGGAUGCGCUUUUUCACCUGCCGCCCAGUACAUACCGGUGCCAGUACCCAUUCCGAUUCCCUUUCCGGUACCGUGGGGCGCAAACCCCAGUAAUCUGGUGCCGAUCUACAAAUCGCUGUCGAAUGCGCAAGCCGGUGAAUUUUGGCAGUACUUGGCCCAAGUUCCGGGAUUUCCAUGGUCGCUCUUUGAGAAACUGAUGAUUGACGAGCGCGUGGGGGAGGCAGCAGCUAAGGAGGGUGGCGAAGAGCGGCAAAGUUGCGAAGAUGCGAAUCCAGCUGAGGAUGAACCCAGAGGGUAUUUGGAGUGCGAAAAUCGAGGUUCAUCAGCUUCCGACUCCACCUCCAUAGACUCGAGCGAUGAUGAUGGCGAUCAGCCGAUGGUUCGACGAGUUUACAACGUGACCGGUUCCCCAAACGAUCGGGAAAGUGAUGAUGCACUGCCCAGCAGCAACGUAUCCACCGACAAUGAGGAAGAAGUCGAUGGCAAAUCGUCGGCAGACGAAAAAGAACGGGAGGAAGAGGAAUCGUCGUCCGGAUCGGCGGACACGGACAGCAACGACACCGGAACAGUGGCCGAUCAGAAGCCCAAGAGGUUCCGCAGAGUGUUUGUGGUGAACCACAAAGGGCCGAAUUCGUCCAGCAGCGGCAGCGUGUCCUCGAGCGGUGAAAGUGAUAGUUCGGAUAAUGACACAGAUACUGAGCUGGAUUGCUCAGUGGUUCUGACCAACGUCAAGCAUCUGAGUUCGGAGGUUGUGGAAGAUCUCCAGCAACAGCCACCGGAAGGCUCAGAAGAGGACAACGGCGAGCCGCCCAGCGGCGAAGCCAGUUUUCUCAGCCUCAAGUACAUCGGAGAUGACCUGAAUGCUGAGUACUAUGAGAAAGCGGUGGCUUCCACCAGUUCCACCAGCGCAGUGGAAGCCCGCCAGCCUAAAAUCAAGGGCCGCAGGUUUGGCUCCAAACCGAAAAAGAAACAGGAUUCCAAAGUGGAUGGUUGCGAAGCAAAAAAUCCUGGAGCCUCAGAGAGUGACAACGAAAUCGUGCGGAAGUUUAUCGAAGCCGAGUCGCAAUUCGCCUCAGAAUUGCUCGGCGGAACUGAAAAACCCAGCUCAUCAAACGCUGCUCAAGACUGUGAUAAAAAAAUGUCGGAUCUUGAUCAGGCCACAAAGCCGGACAUCGUAAAUCCAGUGGCCGAACAAGAAAAAAUGAGCGAAACGAGUGUGGCGAACCUGCAGGAACCCUACAUGAACAACUACGUGUACUCGUCGAGUCCGGGACUGUCUGACGUCAGUGCUGAGUCGCUCAGCUCCAGCGACGUGGAAAAAGAGAGCUCGCGGUACCGUAAAGAAUGGGGCGCAGCGCAGAGACGUGAUGGUGGUACGGAACCCAAAGAGGAGGACGACGCCAGCGGGGCGCCCAUGUGGAGAAACGAGACCGACAGUGGUGCGGGCAGCGCUUGCGGCGAUCACACAGGUGUUCCAACAUCAGUGAUUGGCGAACCAGCACAGGUAGAUAGUCGGCAUGGUGUGGGCGCGAAAUACACGAGUUUAGUGAUGAUAACAAAUGAUGCCAAGUAUCAGCAGGUGAACAUUGUGACGUCGGACACGACCAAAGUGGUGCCAGGUGAAGUGGUAGUGAGCCACACAAACAGCCAGGAUGAGGCUUCCAUGGAUAAGCAGAGGGAGCAGGGCAAUCCGAACCUCACCAGCCCUGAAAGUAGCGUGACUGUGAUCACUUCCGCGGAAACUCUAAGUGCGUUCGAGGAAGGUUUAGCGGACGACGACUCCUGGGUGGAGAAUCUGAGCUACGAUGACGAGGACAACGAAGACGAUUUCCCCACUAACUCAAUCUCGGAGAACUCCUCCUCCGGAGAUGAGGUCACGCUCACCUGCUCCGCCGUGGUGGAUCAGGAAGAUGAGCUGAGAGGAUACCAUCGGGCGGCCAUCGACUUCACGCUGCACACCAUUGUGGAGGAGAGCUGUGAGGAGAGCGAGGUCGAGCAGGCGCCGAGGAAAGCAAGGAGAGAGCGACCUGCCAGCGCCACCGAUCUGGAAAAGUACUUCUUCUUUGGCUUAGGGGAUGGAACUGUGCCGGCCCUCAACUCCAACCGCGAGGAUGCCUUUUCUGAGACCAGCAGCAUUUACUCUGAAGGCAUGGAGUCGUUGGGGUGCGCUGAAGACAGCCAGAAUGACAACCCCGAAGAACUGGCAUCGUCCCGGCUGGAAAAGUACUUCCUCAGCGGGUUUAUGGGAUUUACUGCCGGACGCCGGGACUCAGAUGGAAGCGUGGGGAGCGACAGCGAAGGCAAACCCAGUCCUGAGCAGAGACGCAAGCGCCUGGUCAGAGCCAGAGGUACUGGAAGGUCUCAUUCGAAUUCCCUGGAUAACCUACUGGGGAACCCCGACCUGGCGGGCAGCGAGCAGCAGCUGGAGGCUCAGAACAGCUCAGAGGACUCCUCCAGCUCAGACUCGGACACCUAUGACGAGGUGCUGGGCUUCGAGAAGGCGGACGGCCAGUUCGAUACGGUGAAGCGCAAAAAGACCAAGAAGCAAAAGGCCAGCCUGGAGGACAUUAAGAACCUGGAAAUCACGCAGGAAGAAAAAUACUCGGAGGAGGAAGAGGACGGGCAUGAAACGCCGCAGCCGGAAGUGCCGCCCUCGAAUUUAGCAACCAACAAAAACCAGCAAAGCAGAGACAGUGGCUUUGUGGGCAGCUGCGAUGACCUACUGAAAGACCAGCGCGAUGCCAACAAGUCCCCAGAUAGUCAGGCCAAUCAGGAGAAAAAACGGGCCGAUGAUCAACAGAAGGACAGAAGCAUUCCAGGGUCCCUACCGCCCGCCACCAAUCUCACGCGCAAGGACAGCUUCAACAAUUGGAGCUCGGAUGAGGAGACCAACUUGAUGAUGAGCAAGAUGCGGCAGUUCUUCAAGACCAUGGUGGCCAACUCGUCAGCUUCCAAGCCCUCCACGCCCAACCUCAGCAACCGAUCCUCCCCACGGCCGUUUCCUCGCGCAAAGAACCGCUGCAAACCACCCCAGUUGGUCUAUUUCGAGAACGAGCUGACGCGGUUGAUGAAAACAGUGCCGGGAAUACGGGACGACCAGGUGCGGGAGAUUGUUGAAUAUCUGAGCAGUGAAGACACGUGGAGUGACUCGUAUGAUUCGAGCGACUACACCAGCAGCGACCUGGAGGGGGCGUGCACGAAGUCGGCGCUCCAACAGCAGAUUUCCGACAGCUGCAAGCAGAUUAUCAACAAGUUCGAUAAUGGGGUCGAAGAUGAGGAGGGCGAUGCUGGCGACGGCGGCAUUGUGGACGAAACGCACGGCCUGAACAAAGAAACGGCGUUUGUCUACCAGAAGUUGGUGGCCAGCUUUGAGAAGAUGGCGGUGGAAGAAAGGCCGGCCAGCCCCAAUUCGCCGCCCUUGAUCGCCAAGGUGAUGCACCACAUUGGGAGCCGCCUGGUGGCCCUGAUGCAUGAAGUGUCCAGUGGGGAAAGCCACGCCUCCAACAGCCCAAAGGGCCGCAACUACCAUCGCAGGCUGCAGCAGAAACUAAGCAGCGCCUCGACCACCACUGAUGAAGACAGCACCUCGGACACCAACCUGCCAGACACUUUCCUCGAAGGUUCAGGAUCAAGCUACAACCUGCUGCCUAGGAGCAGGUCGCAUGACCUGCUGAUGGAGACCAACAAGAACCUCCACCAGUCGAUCAGUGGCGUUUCGGAGAUAUCGGAAGAACGGGAGGCCAGCGACUGCGAGCGGUUCUCUUGGCGGGGCAGCUUCGAGUCCGCCUUGUUAGCUACUGACUCCCGCAACCGACUCUCGCUGAUCGGAGGAGAAGGCUCAGCCUCCGCCUCGGCCCUGGCCAUUGCGGCCAAGCGCCGAUCGGCAGGCGAUUUGCUCUUCAGCCACAAGUCGUUAAGCAGGGAGCAGCUGGACAGGGUGCGGAGUUGCGGCAGCAUCGGGGGCGGCACUUCGGAAGACAAACUGUGGGUGGCGACCGCCACCAAACCGAACCGGAGGCGGUCGAGUGUUCCAGACGCGGCCUCGUGUGGAUCGGGCGCCUCUGCCGAUGGCGAAGACGAAGACGAUGACAUGGAGAACCGCGCCACUCUUCCACGCAGCAUGCAGUGCGGGCCUCAGACCACCAACUCGUUGCCGCGAUUGCCCACCACCUCAGUGGCGGCGCUGCAGAAGGCUCAGAGCCAGCAGUUUUUGGCUCAGAACGUGAAAAGUGCGCGUUAUCGCCCGCCCGGUAUCACCAGGCUGAUGCCCACUCAGCCCAAGAGGGCGGUCAGUGCUCCUGGUCUACAGCCCUCGCAUCAGAGGCGCGGUAGGCGAUCUCUUCAAUCGAAUGUUCCUAGUGACGAUGUCAGUCUUUCGGAGGCUCACUCGUCGCCAAUGCUCGCCUCCAGAACUGGAACCAAAAGCGCCACGCCUAGUCCGGUGGCUCCCGGAUCCAGGCGAAAAACUCUUUCGGUAUCCAGCCAAGAAUGGCCCACCAACGAAGACGAUAUUGAUCGGCUGGUUUCUAUGCAUCAUAAUCGAAGUAGUCUGUCUAGCCUUGGGCUAAGAUCAGACUCAAUGGCCAGCGUAUACUCAGGAGCAGGCGAUGGCCGGUACGGUUCUGUAACGGUUCGGGGCCAAGUUGAAUUCGGCCUGCAGUACAACUAUAAAGCAGGGGCUCUGGAGAUACAGAUCAAACAGUGCAAAGACCUCGCCCCUGUCGAUGUGAAAAGGAACCGAUCUGAUCCGUAUGUAAAGGUUUAUCUGCUACCCGACAAAUCCAAGUCGGGCAAACGGAAGACCAAAGUGAAAAAGCACACGCUCAACCCUGUUUUUGAUGAGUGCCUGAAGUUCCACAUGUCGAUCAAUGAGCUGGAAAUCCGCACUCUUUGGCUUUCAGUGUGGCACUCGGAUAUGUUUGGCAGAAACGACUUUCUUGGAGAGGUCACGAUGGCUUUAGAGAAUAAAGUGUUCGAUGACCCCACCCCGAAAUGGUACAAUCUCCAAGAAAGGUCUGAACCCUUCGACGAUAUGUUAUCAUUUAAAGGCGAUAUCAUAGUCUGUCUGAAGUUUAUUCCGCCGGAUAUGACCGUGCACAAGAAAGGCAAGAGAUCCAGAGGCUCGCUACACAUAUUGGUCAAAGAAGCCAAAGCCCUCACUGCCGUGAAAGCGAACGGAUCAUCAGACCCGUUCUGCAAAAGCUACUUGUUGCCUGACAAAGGCCGCCAUGCAAAGCAGAAAACUCCAGUAGUGAAGAAAACCGUUAACCCCGUAUGGAACCACACGUUUGUCUACGAAGACGUUACUCUGCAGGAAUUAGCCGAACGGAGUCUCGAAUUGACCGUUUGGGACCACGAUCGGCUUGCCAGCAAUGAGUUCCUGGGAAUGGUGCGCUUUUCCUUAGGAACAGGCAAGUAUUACGGAAAGUCGGUAGAAUGGAUGGAUUCUACUGGCAAGGAGCUGAAUUUAUGGAAAAGCAUGUUGGAGAGGCCGAACUUCUGGGUGGAAGGAUGCCUCCCUUUGAGAGCCUCGGUAACGCCACGGCUAACGUAGGAAGACUUCGCAAUUCCGACUGGAGGAUUACUAGAAGUCAUGUGAUAUAUUUCCAACUCAAUCAUUUUGUAUUUGAAGUAAUGUUUUAUAAAUAUACAUAAAUUGUCUACUAUAAGGGGGUCACUCUGUACUAUGUGCAAUUUGUGGCCCUUUUUUAGAAAUAUAGACCAUUAGUUAUCGCGCAAUAAUAUGAAACCGAUAAUUCAAGUUCCAUCACCCCUAUAUAGAAUGUACUUAAAUUUUACUAAGUGUGAAUGUAUAUACAACACAGCUAGUUGGAGUUCAAUGAUCGUGCCCGAGCUGGUUUUGUAGUUUUAAAGAGCUUUUACGUAUUUUAUAUUGUUAUCAUUAUCCGAUAAUGAGAUCGAAGACUAACUAUUGUAAACCUAGCAAAACUGGUUUCUAGCUCGAAAUGAAUCAAACAAAUUUUAAUGUUAAUACUCAAGGAUUCAAAUGCAGUGUCAAAUAUUUGCUAACGUUUUUAAUGUGUAAUACAGAGCCUCGAACAAGUCAAUGUACAUCUUCCAACAAUUAUUCUAAAUGCGAUGGUUUUCAAGUCUCUGUAUAGUCUAUCUUAAAUGGUUUAAUAUUCUUGUUAAGAUGUUCUCUAGUUUAUAAACAUGUUUUAGCUGUAAAGUGUCUGAGAAAACGAUGCAUAUAUUUUCUUAAUUAUUCAAAUAAUAAAUAGUUUUUAUGAAA